UUACUGGGGUUGUCUUUCUAUUCAUAAAAAACAAAACAAAAAACAUUUAAUUCCUUUUGGGUACAAUUGUACUUCCGGUGUGAAAGGUCAUACCAAAAUGGCGCCGUCUAAGAAGAAACAUGCCAGUAGCCAGCCUUGUGUUAUUCCUGGAGGAUUUACAGUGCUCUCCUUACAGUUUAGCUCCGACAGCGUUGCGCAGCACAAGCUGUAUGUGAAAGAGCACAAAGUGCGAGCAGAGAAGAGCUCUCACAGACCUUUGGACCGGACUCUGUUUGUGCUCAACAUCCCUCCAUACUGCUCACAGGGUGUUGUCAAAGAGUUGUUCUCGCAGUUUGGCUGUGUUCACUCCGUGGAGUUGAGAGACCACCCGGGCUCCUUUCAGGAGUCUGGACCCAAGCUGUCCAAGUUCUUUAAACCAGUUGAAAAACAGGGUUUCAAAGUGGGCUACAUUGUGUUCCAAAACUCCUCCAGUUUAACAGCAGCUAAAUCACACCCACAUCAUGUGCCUUUGGUGGUCUGCACUGAGCAGCGUCCAGUGAGCACAGGAGUACAGAAAUGGAUUCAGCAGUACACAGAGUUUUUUAUUCAGCCGGACAAACUGCAGCAAAUAGUCGACUCCUUCAUGGGAGACUACGACAAGAGGAAAGAAGAGGACGCGGAGAGGCAGAGGAAGGAGUCUGAGCAGCAACAAGAGGAUGAAGAGGGCUGGGUGAAAGUCACAAGAGGACACAAGGGUACCAAGGCCCGCCCCCACAGUGAGGCAGCCAACCAGAGGACUCUACAGAAAGAGAUGAGGAAGAAGAAGAGGAAGGAGCUCAUGAACUUCUACACCUGGCAGCACAGAAACACACAGAAAGAACAUAUUGCUGAACUAAGGAAAAAGUUUGAGGAGGAUAAACAGAGAAUCUCUCUGUUGAGGGCACAGAGAAAGUUCAGACCUUACUGAGUCAACUACCCCAAUUUGUCUUUGUUCAUUUCACUGCUUUUGUGUGUUUAGCUACAGUAUAAAUCUGUGCAUUUUGGUGUUAAUAAACUAUAAUUCUGAUCUA